CGGGUGAGCGAGCGAGCGAGCGUAGCGAGUCCCGAUUGGCUUACGGCGGACACUUCGGACAGCUCAGCCGGCAACACAGGUUUCAAUCGCAAGCGGACUGCCAGUUUGAUCAGUUUGCCUCGAACUACCGCUGCAGCCGGACACGGACCGCGGUCGCUCUCCGCUCGCUGGAGUGAAACACAAUCGCCCCAACAUUUCUUUUCCCAAUUUUUUGGCGCGCGCGCGCUUGCCUACCGUUUUCGCGAUCGGCAGCCGGUUCCAAAACCCCGGCAAAAACGGUUCAACACAAAACCUGCAGUGGUUGGGAAACAUAUAUAGGAGCGCCCUAUUCUUCAGCCCAGUUACAUUGGAGUGCCCCCGGCAGCUCGGCAACAGUUGUCGGAUCCAGGGAUUGUGCGUACCCCCAAUCCAAUCGCGCGUGUGUUAGCUAUUGUGACUAUUAGUGAAGAAAUAGCUCGUCCCAACCGUCGAGGACAGCAUUUCUUUUCCAACAGCGAACUAAGAACGAACACAAACCAGCUCAUCAAACGUUUCAACCGCGGCCUGGCCCCAACAACUGCCAACAAACAGUGCCGCCAGUGUGUCGCCGCAAUAAGAACGGUUCUCUAGUUGCAAGUGAAGUGUGUCUGUGGAUUUGAAAAAAAAAUAAUAAUACAAGAAGGGUGGAACAUCCCCCGCCCCAAACUCAGUGACCAAAAACCGCCCACCCGCACCCGGCGUGUGUGUGUGUGUGUGAACUUUUUUUUUUGCUUUGCCGAUUUACUAAAACAUAUUGUUGUGAUUGAGUGGGCAGCAAAGCUUUCGAACAGAAAAAAAAAAUUUCCCGGAACGCCAACACCAUCCUACCUCCUCCCCCCCCCCCCAAAAAGGUGUGGUGUAUUGGAACAAGUGUGUGUGUGAGUGUAUGUGUUUGUGCGCGCGUAUGAAUCAGCCGAAUGGCGCAGCAGCAGCAGCAGCAGCCGCCAUCAACAGCCCCCCAAAAGUGAAUAAAAUCCCGUGACCGUGUAUUAUCUCACCGCACCGGGAGUUGCACCCCGUUUGCCGUUUCGGCCUUGCCUCUCCCCCAUGUCGCAUGGGAAGAUGUCGCACACUAUAGCACGGACAGCCAGAGCCAAGGAAAGUGAAACCGCCGCCAGAACCCUGUAAGUGUGGGCCCAUCCUUUCGCGACAAGCAGCAGCGGUCGGGACAGCUGCCGCCGCCUGCACGAGAAGAAGCUCGGCUUUGCUCUCCGCCGCCCAACCAAUCACCCACCCCCAUCCCCUUCGCAGUGUUUCGCGUGGGUGGACACACGCGUAAGCAGUGGGCCAGCUAGGCUGUGUAGGUGUGCCCGGGUGUGUGUUUGUGCGUGUGUGUGUGUUUCGUGUGUAUGUGCAAUUGUGGUGCUUAUCGCCCUGGAAUACUGUUUGUGCGUGUGAGUGUUUAACCAAGUGCACUGCGCGCUGCUCCUACACCUUCGCGCCCAGCUACUAAUGCGCAUCGGUGCGUGCGUGUGAGUGUGUGCUCCAGUUGUGCCAGACCCCCCUUCCCCCCCACGCCGCGACCGCACGACCUUCUGCGCUCUACUAUCAAACUCGAAACCCGCCCAACAAUCAAACAUUCGGGGUCCACAGCCGAAUUAAACGAAACUAGUCGGCGCUGGUGCGAGUGUGCGUAAAGUUUGAGUGAACAAAAAAAAAGGAAGGAAAAAAUUGUCCCCACGACAGCCUGUGUACAUCUAAUACAUCCUUCACACAGCCCAAUUAGGCGUUUUGGUGCUGCGCGUACAAAACUGUCCUUUUGUUGUGUGUGUGUGUGUGUGUGCGCCCGAGAGAUAAGCGAGCACAAUAUCGUCCAUCGAAUCGACAUACACACAACAACAAAAACACACCCGUGUGUGCUGCUCUAUCAUCUUACCUGUCGUCGAUCACCGCGCCGCUACUAUCAACCGCUUUGUUAUUGUGUGUCUGUGUGUGUGGGUGUGCGUAAAGCUGGAAUAGUAAAAUCCACCCUAACGCACGAGCGGCAGAGUGAGAAAGAGAGAGAGAGAGAGAGAGAGAGAGAGAGAGAGAGAGAGAGAGAGAGAGAGAGAGAGAGAGAGAAAGAAAGAAAAAGGAGAUCAAACGCAGCUCGAAGUAACUGUAAAUCGAUUAAAUUCCUGUACGCGAGCUUCCCCUGUCUGUGUGUGUGUGCGUCCUUCGUUAGUAAGUGCGUCCUUUCGCUCCGGUGCGAGACUUUUUUUUUGCUACGCUCGCGCGUGUGUGCACCUGGAUAAGAGGCUUACGGAAGCGACGUUAGUGCGCGCGUACUAGUAGCUGUUUGUGAAUUCAAAUCAAAAAGACCGCAUCGCGCCAUGGGUUCGGCCCAGCACCACUGGGAUCUGAUCAAGAUGGAGCCGAUGGAUGACGCCGACACGAACGAGCUCGGUAUGCUCGAUCCGACCAAAAUCGGGCUGGACCAGCUGAUCGACUUCGGCAUGGCGGCCGGCAGCAGCAGCGUGACUGGUGGGGCGGCCGGCGGCCUCCUGCUCGGCGGCGAUGGCUCGAUCGCGCUGACCUUCGGCAGCACCGCUAGCAGCAGCAGCAGCAGCAGCACCGCCCCCAGUAGCAGCAGCAGCCUCAGCACCAGCAGCAGUCCCCUCUCCCCGAGCAUCUCCUUCUUCGAAACGCAUCUCGGAACGCUGCCCGACCAGAAGACCCAGAUCCGGCACGAUUGCAUGUGGGCCGGCAUGUGCGCCGACCAGUCACAUCCGGAGAAGAGUAGCCACGCGGGCUGCGGUGGCUGUGCCCGCCAGAACCGGCACCAGCAGCAGCAGCAGCAGGCGGCAGUGUCGGUGGCCGCCAGUCUCUCGCGCGUACCUUCCAAGGACAUUCCCAAGUCCCAAGGCGAGUCGCCGGCAACCGUGGAAGCGGCCAGCGAGAAGCCGAAGGGGCCGGGCGGCGUGGGCGGCAGCAGUGUGCUCGCCAAUCGGCCGCUGGCCGUUGGGUUUAAGGCGACCGCGCCGGCGGCAACCAGUCUGCUAACGCCGUUCAAGGCGACCCAAAGCUCGGCCCAAAUCCCGGCCGGCAGCUCCCUCCUCAUCAAGCGUCAGCAGCAGCAGCAGCAGCAGCAGCAGCAACAGCACCAGCAGCUUCCCUCCCUCGUGCACGGGCUCAACUAUCGCCCGUUCCCGCCGUCCCCGUCGUCGUCGGACAGCUCGGCCGGUGCGGUCGAGGGUGGCGCUAGCGACGAGCAGCAGCAGCAGAGCGUGCGGAUGGUGCGGGUGCCGCAUCAGCCGCGUGGCUCCUUCCUGGCGGCGCGCGAGCUGGAGGCGCGGAGCGUGGCGGCGCAAAACCACGCCCGGCCGGACACGCCGCUCAGCCUGGACGACGAUCCGCUCGAGUUCAAGCAUAACCUCGACCUGGUCGCCACCUGCACGAUCGGCUCGAACCAGCAGAGCCUGCUGCACACCUCCGCCUCCACCGCCCCGGGACUGUCGUCCGCCAGUGCGGGCAGCUUCGCCAGCAGCAGUAGUAGCGGCAGCAGCAGCAGCAGCAGCAGCAGCAGUAGUAACGGCAGCCCUACCUCCACCACCUCGGCCGAAUCUCGCACCGGGAGCGGCACGUCGUACAGCGGUCGGCUGAGCAGUCACUGUAGUUGCGGCGGCAGCGGCAGCAGCAGUAUAGGCGUGAUCGGCAACCACACGACCCAGUGCUACUACAACUACCUGCAGGACACGUCCAGCCUGGACGAGCUGCGGAGCAAGCAGCUGCGGGAGCAGCUGUACAUGCUGGACGACCCGUUCGGUAUGGGCGGCCCGCUCAGCAGCUAUCCGUACCACCACCACCACCACCACCAUCAUCACCAUCACGCGUCUCUGCUGCAUUUGCGGCCCGACUCGCCGGACAGCCAGCUCGAGCAGCUGCUGAUCGAUCUGCGCGAGAUCGAGGGCGAAAGCAACUCGAUGCUGCUGCUGCAGCACGGCUCACCGGCGGCGGCCGACACUGCUGCCAAGGAUGGUCUGCAGUCGGCGGGCCAGCGUCACCAGCAGCAGCAGCAGCAGCAGCAGCAUGCUGGCCAUCUAGUAGGGGCCCGCUCGACGGCACCGUGCGGCGGCGAGCUGAGCGGCGGUGCGCAUGCCACCUGCAGCAAGGAGUGCAGCUGGAGCAGCCUGGAGCUGUCCCACCAUCUCGUCUCGCCCGGCGGCAGCGGGAUGGAGCGCAAGCGGCGGCACUCGUACGCCCACCGGCGGCGGGGCGGCGGCACGGCGCGAGGCUGGAUCAGCGAGAAUGACGAGGACGACGAGGAGGAGGACGCGCUGAAGCAGCUCGAGGCGGAGGAGGCUUCCUUCGAGAAGCAGCAGACGCACGGUGCGGCCCGCUCCGCCUUCCCCUGGGAAGACGAGGAGGAUGAGGAGGAGGAGGAGGACGAGGAGGAGGAGGAGGAAGAGGACGAAGACGAGAGCGAUGAGGAUGGCGAGAAGGAGCAGGAGGAGGGCGCCCAGGAAGAUGAGGAAGAAGAGGAGGAGGAAGAAGAGGAUGAGGAGGAGGAGGAGGAGGACGCCAGCAAUGCCAGCCUGUACGGUGGUGCGGGCCGGAGCCGGAUGCGGGGCGCUCGCCACCGGUACCACAGCAACCACAGCCGGCUGCACCACCACCAGCACCGGCGAGCGGCGGCCCGUGCCACCUCCUACCGCCCGUACGACGUGGAGGCGCACAAGAACGGCAAGAAGCAGAAGAAGCAGCCGGGUGCUGCUGUCGCCGCCGCCGCCACCCCCACCAACCAUCAUCUGCUAGCGAGCGGCGGUGGCGUCAGCACGGUCGUCAUCGCUGGCAGUGGCCCGGCCACCCUCAAGCCUGCCACGAAAUCGGCCGGUGCGAGCGGCGCCCUAAAUGGAGCGCCCUCUGGCGGCUCCCAGCAGCAGCCGGGGAGCAACAACAGCUCGCCACCGUACCAGGCGACCCACUUCGGCGACCACAGCUACACCCGCCCCAAGGGCGGCUACAACAUGAACGAGCUCGGCGUGCAGACGCCGUCCGAUUCCGAUGAAGAAAUCGACGUGGUUUCGAUCGGCGACAAGAACCUCCCGACCAACCCGACCGAGCGCGACUACCGCCAGCUGCAGUCGGAGGUGGCGAGCAAGAUACGCACCGCCUCGUCCCGCGGCGCCCCGAACGGUGCGCAUACGUACGGGGCCGGUUCGCAUCACCACCACCACCACCACCAUUCCUACCAGCGCCACCAGCACCAUCUGGGCGACGGGUCCGGAUCGGGGCUGCACCAUCUCGGCGGCAUCUAUCCCACGCCGGCCGGCUCCACCACGAUAUCCGGUGCCAACACGCCGCUGCCGACCGGUAGCGGGGGCGCUAGUGCGGCCUCCUCACCGCCGCCCGCCUGCACCACCGGCAGCAGCUCGUCCGGCGCGUCGCGGAAGCGGCCGGUCGGUGGCAGUGGCAGUUCCGGCAAACGGUCCUCCAACUCCAGCAAACGGAUGCGCCUGUCGCACUCGAAGCGAAGCGGCGGCGACGGCAGCAGCAGCAGCAGCAGCAGCGGCAGCCGGUACGAUUCGACCGCCGCCCAGGCGCUGGCCGAGGAGCUGGACACGGUCGAGAAGCGCAACCUGCACAACAACCUGGAACGGCAGCGCCGCAUCGGGCUGAAGAAUCUGUUCGAGGAGCUGAAGCGCCAGAUACCGCAGCUGCGCGACAAGGAGCGCGCGCCCAAGGUAAACAUUUUGCGUGAGGCGGCUGCCCUCUGCACCCGGCUGAACCAGGAGGCCGAGCAGGUGAAUGAGCUGCGCCAGCGGCAGAUGAAGCUGUACGAGCGCGUGCGCUACCUGCGCGCCUCCAUCCACAGCCAGCGGCUCGGUGUGGACUAGUGAGGAGCAAAGACACAGUAAGAGAGAGAGAGAGAGGAAGAAGGAGAAAGAGAGAGAGGGGAGAGGUGUGAGAGAAGCAGUAAGACAGAGAGGAGAGAGAGAGAGAGGGGUGUGUCGACGACUCCAACAACACUCACAAUGCCGGGUAUGUUAGUGGCACACAUGACCUUGGGUUUAUUUGCUUUUAUUUUUCUUUUAUUUUUGCCUUUUGCUCGUUAUACAUGGAGAGAAAGCACAGGCCGAGGGAGGGAGAGAGAGAGAGAGAGAGAGCGACAAUUAGCAUAAACCAGUAGGGUAGGAAGAACAGCGGAGGAGGACCUUUCGAUUCGGACGGGGUAGAGUAGGGAGAUAGGUGUAAGGUACAGAUGAUGAAAAAACUAAUAGUUCCUGAUUUUUUUUGUUUUUUUUUUGGGUUUGUUUGUAAACAAGGUCUAUAGAAGCCUAACGUGUUAAAACAUAUUAGCUUUUUAGUUUUUUUGCGUAUAUAGAAACUAUCCUAUCGGAUGCACACAUCCGCCAUUAUAAUUAGCGUAGGUUACGGCACCAGUUACUGCUUAGGGAAUGAUGUUUGCGUUUAUUUUUGGACCAGUUUUGAUUAAUAAUUGUGCAGGGCGAUCCCCAGUGGCAGUUGUGCAACGCCUGAUGCCUUUUUCCUUUGCCCAUUUGCUGCGCGUCUUGCAAAUGCAAAGGGACGCCAGCGAGUGGGGUCAUUCAGGCAGACGGGGCCGGAAGCGGGAUCGAAAGAAGUGUGCAAACUCUUUCCCUGCUCGCUAGCCGUUUUCUACUAAGUAGUACCUCCUAUAAUCAUUACUGCAAACUGCUACACUAAUAGGUUUAUCGUAGCCCCGCCAGCUCUUUGAGAGCGCCGGAAGGAGAGGGAAUGUGAACAUUUCACAACACACGCAUACACAAAACAAAACGAAGAAUUGAGGAGAUUGGUAGGAGGAUGAUGGGAGACGAUGUAUACAUCUGUGUUAUGGUAUGGUGGAUCUUGUGGACCCAUUUUCAAACCCCCCCCACCUUCCCACCCCUCUAGCCGGGGAGCGCCUGGGGGGGUGACAGGGCCCGGAUCGGUUUGGUUCUUCCUGCAAGUGGAUGGAUUUUGUGCUUCUUAACAUAAGUUUUCCCUUUCUUUUUUUUGCUUCCUCUUCUCUUUGCAUCAUUUGAUUGCUGCUGGGCGGUAUUAUUGUGUAAGAGCGCUGCAUACACUAAACUUCGCGAGUCUACGACAUAACGUUAUGUUUUUUUUUUGUUUUUUUUUUUUGAGCAACGGGGAGAGAGCGUAACACGACGGACAAAGUUCAUGUGCCGUUUUUCUCUCUCUCUCUCUGUGGCUCUCUUUGACUUUAUUUCAUCCUAUUUGCCGAUUGAUUUACGAUGCACCCACACCCCCGCCGCGGGAAAAUGGGGUGAGAGAGAGAGAGAUUGGGGGGAAGAGUAGUUUUCCCCCCCCUUCUCCGCAUGUGUAAAUGGCGCUGCAAUUUGAGAGAACAAACAGAACAGCAUUUAUUUGGAUGUUUUCGGUAAUGAUUGUACAUAAUUACAUAUAUACACGCAAGCAAGUGUUUGCAGUUUAGGUAUUUUAGGUAAGAAGAAAAAAAAAACAAACAAAAACAGGCAAACAAAAAUGAGAUAAUGGAGCUAGGGUGCCGAACGAUGCAUGAUCUUUGCAAUGAUUGUACAUAGCUUCCUGCAGGAGGCACACUAUUUCAUAGGUACCGUCAUUUAAGGAUUGCCGCAUGCAAAUGCACACAUGCGCGCAAUAAAGUGGGAGCCCACUGAUUUUGCUACUUUUCGCUGCACGCAACCGGUCGCACCACUUAGGUAUUUUUAAAUUGGAGCGCCAGUGCACUUGCGGGCGCAUCAACAAACCACACAUACAACUACUUACGGAAGUUCUGCGUUAGGCAUUACUUACCAAAAAAAAAAAUUGCAUUUGCUCUCCGGACGUGUACAACACAACAACAUUAACUACUUACGGAACUAACUUUGCAUACGACGUGCGUACACGCAGCUGUACAAAUAUUACCAACUCGCUCUACCUACCCCUUUAGCGAACCAUGCAUUAACUGUGCUAUCUUACGUAUAUAUAUAUAAAUAUUCAUAUAUGUGCAUACACAAAAAAAAACAUGUACGAAGGAAGAAAGUCCUUUAACUUUAAUAUUGAUUCAAAGUGUCGUAGAGAGAUGCGUUAAGGCGGCGCAAGGGGUGAUCGAAUAUUUGACACGAGCAGUCCCCACUGACGCUAAACAAUGGCGGGGAGCUUGCAGGAAACCGGGAACCAUUUAUUAGAGACGCAAGAAGGAGACGCGUGUGUGUGUGUACAGAAGGGCAAGAAGACGAUUCGGUUAAGCUUUUUUUUUUUGACGAAUGAUAUGUUGCAAUCUUGUUUUUUUUAUUAUUAUACUUUCAUAAUUUUUAUGUGUUUUACAUAAUUUUUUUUUCACAACAACUUUGUUGCUUAGAAUAUGAUUUACAACCUAGGUAGGGAUGCUAGGCAACAUUUUCUAUUACAUUUUCUUUUGGAUCUUUAUUACAAUGUACAUAUUGGUUAGUGUUUUCUUUUUCUUCUUCCUCUUCUGCUGCUGUGUACAGUUGGGAAAGAAAACGGGACCGAAGAAGCGGGCAGAAGAGAUAGGCAGUGCGGUGAGAUAGAGGGAGGGAUAUGAUGCUAGGAGGUUGUGCAGCAGCGGCCACCUACAACCUCCUGGUAGCGUCCUCUCUGUAACGUUGUGUUCAUUACUUGUUACGAUUUGUGGGGAAGGGGGGAAUUGAAGGGGGAAGGGAAUAAAUGGUAGUGCGUGAGAAGAAUCUGCAUGUGCAUGUGUGAAAUGACAAAAUGCGAUUAAACAAAACAUGCUGAUUAUUAAUAUUAGUUUCUUUUUUUUUUGGUAUAUUUUCACGCGGGAAAGAAAGGUUUAUUUCGAGUUUAGUUUAGGUUAGGCAGAAACAAAAAAAAAACAUUUAAAUGGCGUAUCGGAUAGAGAUGAGAUAUGGGAAGAGGAGGAGAGGGAGGGAAGAGAAGAGUCCGCUAUUGCGGUGCCACGUUCCUUGGUGUGCGCGUGUUUUUUUGUGUGUGUAUCUGUGCUGUCCCUGCGAGGAUAAAUCAUGUGUAAGAAUGUUCCUGUUGUAUGUUAGUGUAAACCUUUUUUUUUACAUACUUUACAAUUAACAGUUGUUUUUUUUAAUGUAUAAAUACAUUCAAAAAUAAUUAGUUAGGUUUUUUUAUUGAAUGAGUUGAUUUUACUGUGCGUGAGGGAGGAAAAGGAGCAGAAGGAGGAUAUCAAGGUGAACGACCGGGAAAAUGUGUUGGAGAAAAGGGGGUGGGGGGAGUAGAAGCAGCAGCCAGGAGGAAAUGGGACGUAGAGAUAGAGGUAGCAGUCGCCAUAUAGGCAAGUUUGAUCUUUCCGCUUCUGUUUCUACUCGUCAAUUUUGCGCUCGCCAACCCCUUGUGUGUGUGUGCGCUAGUGUGUGUGUGUGUGGGUGGAAGGUGGUAUGGUGUGCGGGAAAAGAAAACCUUCCCUUCCGGGUGUACAAGAAAGCGUAAACCAGUGUGCGUUGACGAUCGGUGCUUGAAGGGGAUGCGGAUCAUAUGCUGCUAAUAAGUUGUUGCUCCCGCAGGAGCGCUUUAAAAGACAUUAAAAGAUACUCUGCCCUCCUCCCAGUUCAAUAUCGUAGGCAAAACAAAAAAAAAACAAUUCAAAAACAAACACACAGCCACACACACAUGCACACACUACUUCAAUGCAGAUGAGUUUGGCCCAACUGUUUUGUGCGCUACUGUUAGAUGUUUUUCAAAAGUGUACUUCUCUUAUUUUUUUAGGAGGUUUUUUUUAAAAUAUACUAUCAUUACUAUUAUUAGACUUAAAUGCAAAUGACUUAGAGUUGUAAGUAAUAUAUACACGAUUAAAAAAAACAGAAACUGAAGGCAGCGUUAUUUCAGGAGUUUUUCUUUUUUUUAAUUAAACUAAGCGUAUUUAAGCGUAGCUUUCCUUUCCUUAGAUUUCAAGUGAGGCCGACAUUUCGAUAUCGAUCAGUGCGUGUUUUUCUUCUCUGUUUUGUUCUGUGUAGGCUACCUAAAAUUACUAUCACAGCACCACUACUAAUAGAGUACUGGCAACAGCAAAUGUUUUUUUUUUUUUACAAAAUUGUUAACCUUUAUUUUUUAUGAUUUUUUUUUUGGUUUUGUAUAAAUAUUAUCUCAAAAACAUAAGCAAAUUUGGUGUUUUCUUCUCUGCAAUCUCGUUCGCUUUUUUUGUUUUGCUUUGUUUUGUCGCUCCGGAAGUAAGGCAUCGUUCCCUCGCAAUGAUAUGUCGGCGUGUUGAGUUGCGGUGUGUGUAUGUGUGUGCGAGUGUGCUGCAUUUGAAAAGAAGGAUGAAAGAAACUAGGACUCCCGUUUUGUUUUCUGCCACCCAUGGUUUUGGUUUCGAAAUAACCGAACGGGGGGUUUUUUAUGUUUGAAAUUAUUAUUUGUUCAAAUUAUGUUGAUUGGAAUCGUAUGAAGUCUUCUCUAGCGCAGGGUGAUUUCGUAGGAGGGAACAGCUGGGAUGACGUUGUGUGCCAUUCACUGCGGGAGGAGAGUCUUUAUUUUUGCCUUUUUUUGUUUGUUGGACUGUAUUUAUGCUGCAUAUGUAUUUUCCUCAAUGUGCUUCACCCAAGACACAUUCGUGUUGAGUUGUUCAACCGCAUAAAAUGUGCUCCAUCGGGAAUGAUAUUAACACAGGGGUACGAAAGUCCUUUAGUUUCGUUUGUUCGCUAUCUUAAACCUCGCAUCGCAGCUAGGGCGCAAAACCACCAAAACACACAGGCGCGCACAUGCACACGUUACAUUAGUGGAAUGAAUUAGUUUUUGCUAGUGCGGGCACACUCAGAAAGCGACCUUCCCCAAGAAAGAGCGAAAUUAAGGCGGGAAAAAGGCGAAUAGAGAACAGAAAUACUCCUGGCGAAAGAGGAAAGGAAAGAAAACAAACAAUCGUGUACCUAGUGGAAAAUGGGCCGGUCGGGCUGGGGCUUGGGGCAGUGGUGCGUGUAUGUGUGUGUGUGCGUCCCCAUCUUGCACUUGGCCGGUGCAACCCAUGCCAAACAGUAAUCCUUUUGUGUCUGCAGCGGACAAAACAAACCGAUUUAAAAGAAAAGAAACAAAACCCCAGUGCUUUACCUACUUAUAUAUAUAUAAUAUAUAUAUUAUAUACAUAUUAUUACUUGUAAACACUAUAUAACCCCUACCGGCGAACACUUCUACCGUGAAGUAAAAUUCCCCUUUUGCAUGUUUCUGAAUUGCAUCGCGUACAUUCUAAAAAAAGGAAGAAUUAAAAAAACAACCCCACAUACACACAGUUUAUCUUUGCAUCUAGAUAAUAAAGCCUAAUCAUAAUAAUAUAUCUAUAUACAUAUGCUGAAGUAUAUACAUGCAAGAAAUAUAUCUAUUUAUGCAUACAUAGGAAUGCCGGAUUAGGAAUUUCGUAUCAAUUUGCGAUGCGUCUUUGCGCGUCGAUAAAGGAUUGCAACCACAACAACCACAACAACAAAACAAACUCGAGUGCAUUUUUUUGUAUUUCUUUUCACAAUUACUUGGUUGGAUAAACACCUGGAUUACACCAAACACAACGAACAAACAGCAAAAAAAAAACGUUUGCUCAACAUGCUAAUAUUUUGUAAGCGUUUUAAAAAAAAAACACAUUUACUGAUUAUCGUAAUGAAAUACGCAAGCACUGCUUUUCCACCGUACAAAAUGAAAACUGCUCGCCUCGCCACUCCGUUUUACAACAACAACAAAUCUCCAGUUUCAGGCUUUAUUGUUUUGUAAUGUGGUUUUUUUUCUCUCCUGUUAGUUUGUUUGUUUAUCUAAAUUGAUAGUCCCACGACGGGAUCGGUGUAGUUCCAGAGAAUCCUUUCCCUUACACUUGAAAGCAAUAUAUAUGUGUGUGUUUUUUGUUUUUACGUUUGUUUGUGUACCAUGAGAGGAUGGAUGAAUCCUAUAUUUUACCUAUACUGAUUAAUUUUUGUUUUUGUUUUAACUGGUUAAUCGAAGUAACAACAAACCCAAAAGGGAAAUAGAAUAACUGAAAAUGACAUUCAAAGAAAGAGAAACAAAUAGAAAAGAGAGAAAGAAAGAGAGAGAGAGAGAGAGAGAGAGAGAGAGAGAGAAAAGCAGUAGCAAACAAAGUAUGAAGCAAAGCAGAACAUUACAAGUACAAUAAUAAUCACUAAAAAAACACACACGACAACAACCGACUGGGAGGUUCAAUGUUCUCUCCUUGUUUAGGCACACAGUUUAGAUUUCGGGCGUGUUCCGUUUUUGGGGGCACGCAAUCUAUUUUCUUUUUCAAUAUAUUUCCAAAAAAAAUAUUCAAUAUAUUUCAGAAAAAGCUCGCAAAGUUCCAAACCAUGAAUGUGGAAGUGGAUGGCAGGGGAGGGAAGGGGAGGUUUGCGAUGAUGGGUGGAAGAAGAUAACUGUGACUUGAGAUUAGUACGUAAAACCGUGGUAUGUGUGGUUAGAGCAUUCACUAUCAUUACUAUUAUAAUAUCCCUCCCCCCCCCCUUCCCUCCGCCUUUGUUAGCCACACUGAUCUGUUCGCACUCUGUGGGUGUCAUAAAACGCCAAGUCAUCAUCUCGCUACCUGAUCUCCCGACGAGAUCAGCGAAACCGUUUUCUGUUUUAUUUUUUGCCGUUUUUGUGUAAAGCUAGGAAUUUCUUAAAUGCUAAUUAAAUUAGCGCAUAAGCCAGGCAAUUGAUGCAGUUUAUUGAAAAAAAAAACUAAAAACACCCAAAUGCAAUAGUGUAUAGAGAACGGGCGCAGCCAAGAUAGUGAGGAUUAAAACAAACAUUAAAUAUAUAUAUGGAAAAGAGAGAUAGGAAGAAAGUGAAACAGAAAGAGAGAGAGAGAGAGAGAGAGAGAGAGAGAGAAAGAAAGAGAGACAGAGAGAGAGAGAGAGAGAGCGUCGCGGAAGAUGGAAUAAGGUGGUAGGAAUGGAUGAAUCGGACAAAAAAGGUAAGGGCUUGCUAUUUGUUUGCAGUUAGAAAGGCAUUGAUUGAUUGAUUGAUUGAUUGAAUGGUAGUUAGUUGAAACAAUGUUGAAAACGAAAAGCUAAAAACAAAACUGAACUAAUGUCGCGCGAAUGUUAUAACGAAAAUCCAAUAAAAUAAAACAAAACAAAAACA